GUCACAAUGGCUGCAGAACUUCCGGCUUUGACGAGGAAGACCAAGAAACUUCGGCUGAUAACUAAAAAGUUGUUUGCUUGCCAAACCCCAACAGUUCGAGGAGAAAGAACUGAAUACAGACACAAAAUGUCCUUGAUGGAGCGUGUGGGAGUCCGGCCAAUUACAGCAGUGGCGUGGACCUCCAACACCGGCACCUGCCCCAAAGACUUCACCAUGAUCAGCAUCACAGAAGACGGAGCGGCAGCGAACUUUACGCGCAGCUUUGCAAUAAAGUCUGGGUACUACCUCUGUUACAGCAAGGACUUGACAGGUGGUAUGGUUGUGUCAGACAUUCAGCUUCUUUCAGACAAGGACGCUAUCCCUCAUGGUCACUGCUAUAUAGCGGAGCACCUUGAACCGAAGGCCUCUGUUUCGAAGAAGAAACGGGUGUGUGUGCGCAUGGUCCCAGUUGGCAGUGUGGACACAGCUGUGUUGGAUAUCAAACUGACAGCCAAAAGCAAAAUGAUGUUGCAGCAUUACACAUAUGUGGGAGACAUCAAUGGCUACGUGUUGUGGUGCAGAAAGGGACAUUUUUCCAGCCCCAUGCCCCAAGCCAAGCCCCGCAGUGUGAGCUUGGACCUCCGCAGACUCUCACUGGAGCAGCCGUCGCCUCCUCUGCCCCUCAGACCCAGCAACCCUCCUCCCCCACUGCCACAUGGUAAACUGAGUCAGAGACACUCCAGCCUCUAUACCAAGGACAACUUGGACAAACCUGCUGACAGCAGCAUCCAGGGAAUUACAGCUCUAGAUGGAGUUCCCUUUAGUCUGCACCCAAAAUUUGGUGUCGAGGCAAAUGAGGCGACUCCUCAGCUGAACUCUCAAUUGAACAGCAUUCGUAUAAAGUCUCUCAAAGACAUUGAAAAUGAGUAUAACUACACUUUUACCGUGGAGGAAUCUGCUGCCAAGAGGAUCAGACCACCACUGCCAACAGGAGGCGCCUCGUCAGCUCAGUGAUCUUUGCAGUUAGACAAAGCAGAAAUAUCAGAUUUUCCUGUUUUGCUCUGUCCAAAGGGGUUUUUUGGGAUGACAUCUCAAAUCAUGGUACAGAUGAGGGAUGAUCAUGCCUACAUUUAAGUUUGUAAUAUGAAGCUUUAAAGGGCUUUCGGGUGUGAAGAAUUUAUCAUAACGGAGUCAUUUGAAAGGUCAACUAAGGGCACUACCAUUCUACAUGAGACUGACAAUCGUUUUGAUGGUUUGGCUGUUUGGAUGUCAUGCCAUGCUUUUCCUUUUCACUUGUCCAUCAUGUUAAGUGUUUAGCCAGAAUUAGCAUCUUCAAAAAUUCAAAGUUUCUGUUUCCCAAAGGAAAAGCCUGUUUGAAUGAGAUCACACAUGUAAUCAUAUUGCCUUAACAUGUCUUUAGACUGUUCACCUUCUGUAGGAAUGCAGCCUUUAAAGAUGUUCCGGGGUUAAAGAUAUAACCGAUCUAUGAACCUGUAGAGUAUCUGCUGUUAGGAGCUAUUCAUCUGCAGCGUUAUGCCCGUGAUCUCUGCUUUUACAUAUGUAAUGUCAACAUUUAGAAUAAUGGUAUGUUAAAAAUGAAGAUGCACUUGCUAUUCAUUUAAGAUGUGUUCUACGUGCUCUGUUGUAUGUUACUUGAUAUCUUGCCACACAUCAAUAAUUGUUCCAGUUAUGAACAACUUCUUAAGUGGAGCUGUAAUAUUCAGUCAGUGCUUCCCUUGUGGCUGAUAUUCGCUGCAGAUGAUGUUUAGCUGAAAUCAGUAAAUACGCUAACAUGUGUAGGAUAUAGUGCAUUUCAUGUAUGAAGGGUAGCCUGCUAUCAGGUUUGUAUUAUUCCAAAAAAUGAUAUAUCCUAUUUUAAGGUGAAAGGAGGAAGGUUAAAUAUUUUGCUCUUUGUGUUAGUCACAGUAAAACAAAAUGUGGGGAAAAGGGGGAGGGAAUCUUUU